GGUGAAGCAGCCUCCGGGGUCACUGCCAUGAUCAAGGUUCUCCUAAUGCUUCGCAAAAACGCGAUUCCGCCGCAUAUUGGUAUCAAACGAGACAUUAAUAAGGGCUUUCCCGACCUCGCUGCAAGAAACAUCAAAAUUGCAUUUGAUCUGACACCGCUACCUCGUGAAGCUGGGAAGCUUCGCAAGGUCUUUGUCAAUAACUUCAGCGCCGCGGGAGGCAAUACGGCUGUCGUCCUUGAGGAUGGCCCAACGAGGCAGCUCAAGGGUGUAGACCCACGACCACUUCAUGUCAUAUCUGUUUCAGCUCGCUCGUUAGCCUCGUUUAAAGCGAAUGCUCUCAGCUUAGCUGAAUAUUUGGAUAGGAACCCCAAUGUUUCUCUCGCCAGUCUAUCUUACACUACUACGGCUCGUCGCAUUCACCACAACUAUAGAAGGUCCUUUGCCGCGGACAGCGUCCAGUCCUUGAGGAAGCUCCUCUUAAACACUGCUGAAACCGCUAUCGAUCCAGUUCCGUCGUCUCCCCGUGUCACGUUCUGCUUCACAGGCCAAGGAGUCGGCUAUGCAAGCUUGGGACGGGAGUUAUUCGAUACCUGCUCCCAAUUCCGAGAUAGUAUACUUGGUUUUAACCAUGUUGCGAUUUCAUUGGGAUUCCCCGGUUUUCUUCCCUUGAUCGAUGGGAGUGUCGAUGAUAUCUCUGUCCUUUCCCCAGUCGUCAUGCAUGUUGGCUUGACGUCGGUCCAGAUGGCCCUCACUCGCCUCUGGGCUGCGUGGGGUAUCACACCAGACGUGACAAUCGGUCAUAGUUUGGGAGAGUAUGCUGCCCUUUAUGCUGCAGGCAUAAUAUCUGCUAAUGAUACUAUAUACCUUGUCGGCUCUCGCGCACAGCUCCUCGAGAGCUGCUGUAUUCCUGGGAGCCAUGCCAUGCUGGCUGUGAGAAGCGGAGUUUCUGCACUGAAAGAGUUCCUGAUUGACAGCCAAGUGGAGAUUGCAUGUAUUAACAGUCCAACGGACGUGGUUCUGAGUGGUCCAUCCCCUGCUAUUGAAGCUUGCAGGUCUGCAUUGCAGAUGCGUGGACUAAAAUCCAUUACCUUAUGCGUUCCACUCGUCCCAGAUCGAUGCUAUACUUCCUGAAUACGAACGCAUUGCAUCUACGGUUGUCUUCCAAUCCCCAAAAUGCACCGUACUUUCACCUUUGCUUGGCGAAACACUGCUUGAUGGCCAGGUUGAUGCCAAGUAUCUCUGUCGGCAUGCCCGGGAAGCGGUCAACUUUUUGGCUGCCAUCGAUGCUGGUGCUAGCACCCACCGAAUUAAUGAUCAGACUCUGUUUGUUGAGAUUGGGCCUCAUCCUGUCUGCGUCAGUUUCGUGAAAUCAAUCUUGGGCUCUUCAGUUUCUGUGGGCCCCUCUCUUCGGCGCAACGAGACAGGAUGGAACUCGCUGGCAUCUACAGCCAGUCUUCUGCACAAUAAGGGUGCUAGCGUCUCAUGGAAUGAGUAUCACAGAGACUUUGAGGAUGCCCUUGAACUCCUUGAGCUUCCCGCCUAUAAGUGGUCUCUGUCAAACUACUGGAUCCAAUACACGAACAAUUGGUGCCUCACGAAGGGAGAAAACCUACCAUCCUUACCGGCGCUUCCAGCAGCUGAGAGGCUAUCGACAAGCACAGUGCAACGGAUUAUUGAGGAGAAGUUCUCCGAUGACCAUGCAAGAGUGGUAGCGGAGUCAGAUAUCUCACGCCCGGACUUGUACAAGGCUGUGUCCACCCAUAUGGUCAAUGGCAUUUCGCUAUGCCCAUCGUCGAUAUAUGGGGAUAUUGGAGUCACUAUUGGAGAAUACAUUUACCGACGACUACACGGCUUAUCAUCAGCUGACGAGGUUCCCCCUAUCAAUGUGCGGGAUAUGGAAAUUCCAAAGCCUCUCAUCGCCAGGGAAGGUAAUGCGGUAAUCCUCCGAAUUGUCGCUGAAGCCGACAAGACCAAGGGCUAUAUCAAAAUUGUUCUCUCUUCGACGGAAGGAGAACAUGCCCACUUCGUUGCGGAGUUUGGGGAUGCGUCACAGUGGGUGGCGGAAUGGCAACGCACUUCUUACUUGGUUGAAGAGCGAAUCCAGUCCCUCAAGUCCAUGGCGAGAGAAAACAAGGCGCACACAUUAUUGCAGGAUGUCGCAUACCGGCUAUUUGCUACAUUUGUGGAUUACGGAGAAACAUAUCAAGGUAUGAAGCAAGUCACCUUCAACUCUGACAAAAAUGAAGCCACAGCCGAUGUCGUUCUGGAAUCGUUUGCCGAUGGUCAAAAAUUCAAUUUCCCACCAUAUUGGAUUGACAGCAUCGGUCAUCUUGGUGGCUUCAUUGUAAAUGCCAAUGAGAGGAACAACGUUUAUGUAUCCCACGGCUGGGAAUCGAUGCGGUUCAUAAAGCCUCUGCGCCUAGGCCAACAGUACCAAUCCUAUGUUCGAAUGUUGCCGAUCGAUGGGACAAAAAUAGUACGAGGUGACGUCUACUGUUUCGAAGGGUCAACGGUGAUAGGGAUGAUGGGUGGAUUGAAAUUCCAAUGCAUCCCCCGCCAAAUCCUGAACCUCGUCUUACCACCUGCAGGAGUUCCAACUUCAAGCUCUACCGGAAAGAAACCGAUCUCCAAAGAGCAACGUGAACCAGUGGCUGUUGCUCCAGAGCGACCGACAAGGGUCGCUGAGACGCGGACCUCAGCAACCCCAUCCGUGUCGGUAUCUUCGCAAGUUCUGGCAAUCAUUGCUGAGGAAUGUGGAGUCGAUAUUAGCGAAUUGGCAGAUCCGAACAGCUUUGCAGAUCUUGGAGUUGACUCGUUAAUGCAGCUCUCCAUUACCUCUCGCAUGCGUGAAGAAUUGGAGCUGGAGGUUUCAUCCUCGCUGUUCAUCGAUUAUCCCACCGUCGGCACUCUCAAAUCCCACUUAGAUCAGUCUGAUUCGGGACAAUCCACUUCAUCAGUAUCUAGCUACGUUGACAUCAGUUCGUCGUCGCAAUCGGAUUCCGAUGAAUACCAGUCGACCCCUUUCGUGGAAGUGAUAACUCCAUCGACCACACCCGCCAAAUCGGAGAGAGAUAGGUCCGAAGGUGAUCUUCUAAAGACCGUCAAACAAAAGCUUGCAUGUCACUUUGAACGCUCGGAUACAUCGUCGACACCAUUAAAUAAAACGACCUCAGAGAUAGUUGUCGAACCAUUCAGUUUGCCCCCGAUGCUUCCGAACCGCCGCGCUACAUCCUUUCUUCUUCAGGGUAAUCCGAAAACUGCUACAAAGACUCUUUUUCUGAUCCCUGAUGGAGGUGGGACUGCGGCUUCAUACAUGGCAAUCCCUCCAAUUGGAGAAGACGUUGUGGUUUACGGUCUUAAUUCACCAUUUAUGACAACACCACAGGAGUACAACUGUGGUGUCCCUGGUAUAACACAGUACUUUGUCAGAGAAAUACAAAGGCGUCAGCCUCAUGGUCCGUAUAAUAUUGGGGGUUGGUCCGCCGGUGGCGUCGUCUCCUUUGAAGCCGUUACGCAGCUUAUCCGGGCAGGUGAGAAAGUCGAGCGUCUGAUAUUGAUUGAUUCACCUUGCCCUCUCACGAUCACGCCUUUGCCAAAUGGCCUACAUCGCUGGUUCAAUGGCCUCGGCCUCCUCGGUGACGGUAAUCCGAAGAAGACGCCGGAGUGGCUCCUCCCACAUUUCCAGGCUUCGGUAAAUGCCCUGUCGACGUACUGGGCUCGCUCCCUUGACUAUUCGACUGCUCCAAAGACAUUGGCUAUUUGGUGCGAAGAUGGCGUUUGUAAGUACCCGACGGACCCUCGUCCGGAUCCUUACCCGUCCGGCCAUGCACUUUUCUUGCUCGAAAAUAAGACCGACUUCGGGCCACAGCUCUGGGAUGCUUUGCUUGGCCCGGAAAAUGUAACUACGUGCCGUGUUACCGGAAACCAUUUUACUAUGAUGACGUCCCCACAUAUUGAGAAACUUGGAGAUCAGAUUACGAAAGCAAUGUUGGCAUGAUAAUGUUACUGUGACGCUUGUUACCUUUGAUUUAUAUCUUUGUUCGGUGGCCUAUUUAGUAUAAUAGUAAUAUUUAGUCUAGUCUCUCAGUAUCUAAUGGAUUGCGCUUUGAUUUUGAAUGUUCCGGUUGAUUCUAGUGUGUAUGUAUCAUCGAUAUAUUUCUUUCUUGUUUGUGAAAAGUGAAGAUAGUGGCAACAAUGGUCGAGUAGGUAGCAGUCUUAGUGAGGUCCCAUUGAUUUCACUCACUUUCUU